AUGAAUGGCAGGGUAGUCGCCAUCAAGAAAGCCAGACUGCUAGACCGGAGUCAGGUGACUGAGUUCAUCAACGAAGUCAUCGUCCUCUCUCAGAUCAACCACAAGAACGUGGUUAAGUUGAUCGGCUGUUGCCUGGAGACGGAGCUCCCUCUGUUAGUUUACGAGUUCAUAACAAAUGGCACCCUCUCCAAACAUUUGCACGACAAUGGUGGACAGCACUCCAUGUCAUUGUCCUCUUGGGGGGCUCGCCUACGUGUGGCUGCUGAAACAGCGAGAGCACUUUCGUAUUUGCACUCAGAUGCCGCUAUUCCAAUCUUCCAUAGGGAUGUUAAGAGUACCAACAUACUGCUGGACGAGAAUUUUACAGCUAAGGUAUCGGAUUUUGGAGCCUCCAGGCUGAUGCCAUCGGACAAGACUCAAAUAAGUACUCUAGUGCGAGGCACAUUCGGGUACCUAGAUCCAGAGUACUUCCACUCGAGCCAAUUAACAGAGAAGAGUGACGUUUAUAGUUUCGGGGUUGUCCUUGCUGAACUACUCACUGGAAUGAAGGCUAUUUCUUUUGACAAGCCUGAAAUGGAGAGGAAUUUGUCCAUGGUUUUUGAUUUGGCAGUGAUGGAGGACCGUUGCUUGGAGAUGAUCGACAAACGGAUUAUAAAUGAGGGGAACGCAGAACACAUCAGAGAAGUUGCGCUGCUAGCUAGCCGGUGUUUGAAUGUAAGAGGGGUGGACAGGCCAUCCAUGAAGGAAGUCGCACUCGAGUUGGAGGGGAUACUUAGACUGACCGAACAACACCCUUGGAUACAUCAAGAUUCAACUAAUUUCGAGGAAAGUGAAGACUUGCUCAGGGGAAUCCACGUCGAUAACUUUGACGCAGGCCCCAUCAGCAUGACAAGUUCUGAGAAUACUAUGAAAAAUCAGUUGGUACCUUUUAGCGUUGAGGAUGAAAGAUAG